AUGGCUACACAAACCGUUGAGGGUAGUUCUAGAUCUGGUCCAAGACGAACUGUUGUAGGAGAUUUAUUGAAACCAUUGAAUUCAGAAUAUGGUAAAGUAGCUCCGGGGUGGGGAACUACCCCUUGGAUGGGGGUUGCAAUGGCCCUAUUUGCGGUAUUUCUCUCUAUUAUUUUAGAGAUUUAUAAUUCGUCCCUUUUACUGGACCAAAUUUCCAUGAAUUAG